ACAAUACACAAGUUUCACCAACAUCAUGUUGUCGACAUAAUUGGGAGAAUAUUCAGGCCGAAAAGAGAGGACGGGUAGAGGCUCUUCUGACAUCUGAUGGCCCCUUCUCUUCACCACGUCCAAGGUUCAACAAAGCCCUGAACUCAUCUGAUAAACUUUCAAAGGUGAUCAAAACUGAUAUCAACAGAAAUUUGCGAAUACAAGCUCCUCUUUCGACAACAAUUAUCAUAAAAAUAAAAAAUGAAAUAAAAAGAAUAUGGUCAACAGUACAAACAUCACAAAACUUCCGCUUCGCUGCAUGGCAUAUAUCACGACAGAAUGGUGGAUAUCAUAUAAGGCAAAUAUUCGAUAUUCUGCGAGAGUUUGGUCGCAUUGAGAGCCUCUAUGUCGUCAGCGAGAACAGUGCACGCGCUACCUUCGUACAACUCGAAGCCGCGUGCUCGGCAGUCAACGCACGUUUUCUUGGAAAUGCACACAACCCCAUGCUAUGCGAUUGGUUUCAUAAAACGAUGCUGAACAAAUCGUUUACAAUCAGAAGACGUCAUCUGUAUGUUAAUCAUGAUCCCUUCAUUGGAUAGCAUUUUGUUUUAGUUGCUUUUAUGAACGCUUGCAUAAUAUCCUAUAUAAUCUUUAAUUUUUAAUGGAAAUAGCAGUGUGUGGUGUGCAUGCAAAUUAGAGACAAUUGUUGCAAUUUUUAUUAUAUUAAAUUUUAUUUUUUUAUUGAAAAUAUUAUUGUUUACAAAUCUAAUCUAAUAAUGUGUAAUUAAAAAUGUAAACAAAAAAAAAAGUUUUAGUUAUAUCUUUCAUUUAUCUACCC